AUCAAUAUGUAUAAAUCACAGGGCAAGUAGAAACAAUUCAACUCAAAUUCAAAUUAACUAUCUUAGUCUCUGAUCUUUCUCCUUGACCAAUGGCAGGCUGUAAGAUACUCUUUCUCCUUGUUUUAGCUCUAGCCAUUACUUUUGUCUCCGCUGCUCGGCUUCUUAAUGAAGAAGAAGAUAUUGGAUUGGUCCCUAUGCCUACCACAAGUCCGGGUCCACUACCAACGUCUGGUUCAGGCCCCUUCCCCACUUCAACUGUUAUCACUUCAGGUACAGGUCCAGCCUCAGGCGGUUCAGGUCCCUUGAAUACUUUAAGUGGCUCUGGACCUCUACCAACCACUGGUUCUAAUCCUUUACCGGUUGCUAAUUCGGGUCCCUUGCCUGCUACUGGCACCGGUCCUAUACCAAUCACCGGUUCAGGUCCUUUGCCUGCUGCUGGCUCAGGUCCUUUGCCGACUGUUGGCUCAGGUGCCACAGCCACGGGUGCAGGGUCAGUGACCGGUGGUUUACUUCCAGAUCACACCUUGGUUUUCUUUAUGCAUGAUAUACUCGGUGGCUCAAACCCAACAGCCAGAGCCGUGACUGGAGUCGUUGCAAACGCAGCUCUCAGUGGCCAACUUCCAUUUGCAAAACCCAAUGGCGCAAACCUCCCUGUCAGCAACGGCGUUCCAUCUAACAACAACAAUAACGGAAUCCUCAACAACAACAACGUCCCUCUUCUUGUCGGCCUAGGCGGAACCACUUCCAACAUUCUUCAGAACAACGGAAACAACCUCUUAAACGGUCUCCCUGUAGCCAACGGUGGUCAGCUCCCAUCUGGCUCCUCCCUUCAGAUGCUCAUGUUUGGGACAAUGACGGUGAUGGACAAUGAGCUAACCGAAGGUCAUGAGCUAGGUUCAGGUCUCCUUGGUAAAGCUCAGGGAUUCUACGUGGCGAGUGCUGUGGAUGGAACUAGCCAGACUAUGGCUUUCACGGCUAUGUUUGAGAGUGGUGGUUAUGAAGAUAGUAUCAGUUUCUUCGGUGUACAUAGAACUGCUGCAUCAGAGUCUCAUCUUGGAGUCAUGGGUGGUACGGGGAAGUAUGUGAAUGCGAGAGGAUAUGCCGUUGUGAAGACUUAUGUUGGUGGCAGUGGGAACACACAGCAGCCUCACCAGUUCACAGAUGGGCUUGAGACUGUUCUGGAGUGUACCGUUUAUCUUUCUUACUAGUUUUCUUUGUUUUCUUGUUUUCUUUGUAUUUGAAUUGCGUUGUGUUCUUUCAUCUUUGUCAUCUUUAAUAUGUAACAAAAGCUAUAAAUUUGACAAAAAAAUUCCUGUUGAU